UAUUCUGUACCAUAGCAACGAACGCAGUCCAGUUGGGUAGGAGUGCUGCUUAGGCAGCAAAGUAAGGUUAAGGGCAAGUAAAUCAAACUGUCGGGGGAGCACAUGUCAUGAAUUUGUGGAAAGUAUGCGGUCUUAUUUUGGCAUGUAAUAUCUUUUAUGUAUCAAGAUAAGAGAAAUAAUGCCAGUGAAGAGGAAAUAUCUUUGAAAAGAUAACUUCUUAUUCAGAAGUUGUGGUUCUUUCAAGGACAAAUGAAACAGGUUUCAGAAUAUCACAGAUGCUUUAGUAUAAGCCACAUGAUGCCUCAGAUAUGCUGCAUGCUUCAUUUUAACUAGAGAUGUUUAGCCAUAGGAAAUUAGUUAUAUGGCUGUCUAUUGGUGCCUUCUUAGCUAUUUCUGGAAUUGUUCUCUUCCUCUGCUUUCCUGUGAUAUUUAAUAUUAUUAAAAAAGCAAAUAGCCCUUGAAAAUGGUACUAUUGGAUAUAAUGUAUGGCAAGAUAUACCUUUACCAAUUUAUCAGCGGUUGUAUUUCUUCAACAUCACAAAUGCAGAAAAUUUUAUGAGAAGAAGAGAGAAACCAAAAUUACAAGAAGUAGGACCGUAUACUUUUCGUUCUAGAUGGGUUAAAGAAUCAAUAGUCUGGCAUCCAAAUGGAACUGUGUCUUUCAAAGAAGUGCGCACCUUUGUCUUCCUACGAAAUGAAUCAGUUGGAAGUCAAGAUGAUAAAAUUGUCACUUUAAAUGCUCCAUUACUGCUUGCUGCCAAUUUCUUGAAAAGCUAUGACUUGCCAAUAAGACUUGCUGCAUCAUUUUUAUUUGGAGUUGCAGGUGAACGUUUAAUAGUAACAAAAUCCAUCAAACAAUUAGCGUUUGAUGGAUAUAGGGAUAUAAUAAUAUUGCUAUCACCUUUGUUGAAGCAUGAUAUACCAUUCAAAGAUGGAUUAUUUUCAUGGUUAUAUGGGAAAAAUGACACUAAUGAUGGUGUUUAUACUGUGUUCACUGGUGAAAAUGGGCUUGAUAAACUGAAUGUAAUAAAUAUGUGGAAUGGAAAAGAUUCCUUAAAUUUUUGGAAAGGAAAAUCAUGCAACAUGUUUAAUGGAUCUAAUGCAGAGAUAGGACCUCCUAUAGCUCCAUAUCAAAACAAAUAUACUUUUUUCCAAUCCGUUUUCUGCAGGUCCAUCACUUUAGAUUAUAUGUGGGAUGUUGAACAUUUAGGAGUUAUUUCAAGAAGGUUCAUGACUACAAAUAUGACAUUUGCAAAUGGAACACAAAACCCUGCUAAUGCUUGCUUUGGUACUGAAAUGAAACUUGCAUCUGGUGCUCAAGAUAUUAGCAGUUGUCAGUAUGGAGCUCCUGUAGUUCUUUCCUUUCCUCAUUUUUAUUUCGCUGAUCCUUCAUAUUUAAAAGGUGUUGAUGGACUUCGUCCUAAUUCUUCCUUGCAUAGUUUCCAUAUUGAUGUUGAACCAAACACUGGCUUUAGUAUUGAUGCUGCAGUUAGAUUUCAAGUCAAUUUAAAUGUUCAAAGGAUAUCUGGAAUAUCUCAACUCUCAAAUGUUCGACAAGUUAUGUUUCCUGUAUUUUGGGCUGAAAUUGCAUUUACUUUGACUGAUGAUUUAGCCCAUGUAUUUAAAUCCAAAGUGAAUCAACCAAAAGUUAUUGCCUUCUCGUUUAUUUUUGGAUUGAUAGCUUUGGGGUCCUUCAUAUGGAUUUGUGCCAUGCUAUUUAUUUGCUGGAUGAAAAGACAGGGGAAAAAAGUAAAUAUCUACUGUUCCUGUCAGGGUAGCAAGGUAGUUUGUGAUCGGAAAUGGACUGUGGGAGGAAUGGACUGAUAUGAUUACCUCAGGACCCACAGAAAGAACACCUUUGCUGCAACACCGUUAAUUUCAAAUAUUAUUUGUGACAUCAAAUUGUUUGUUAAUGAUGCCUUGCUCUUCCACAAUUGUUCAUUGUUUGUUAAUCAUUUGUAAAAAUC